AAUUGCCGGUCUCUCAGUGAUCAUCUUGUGGAUUUCUAGUAUCUACACCCUCGACGUUCAACAGGUAAUAUGCAAAGUGCACAAAAAAGAGCCCAUGAAGAAAUGAGUCUGCUGGUCCUCAAUGAUCACAACGCAUGGUAUUACCCCUCGCAAGGCUUCAAUUCAGAUGACGAAGACUUGGAAGUCAGCACAGUGGGUGGCAACUGGGGAAACAAGACAAAGAAAGGCAGCAGAUGGGUUCGCGAAGGAAAAAUGGCUGCAUGGGGCCCUGGCAUGGACGACUGGGAGGCUGAGGACCGUGCCCGUAAACGCAUUAAACGUCUCUUACCCGAAAGAAGAUCGACCUCCCCGCCUUGUCUCCCUCACAUGAGGUCGCCUUCACCACCACUCGUCGCACCCUAUCCAUCACCUAUUGGCCAGCAUUUCAGUUUCGCCUCAUUCGUUAUGGAUAAGUCUGUGACACAUUCGUUCCGGUCAAGUUUGUUGGACGAGCUGGAAAAUGCCACCAAUAGUCUUAUUGAAGGAGAAGCGGUCAUGAGACGUGCGCUGGGAAGGCUCUGGCAGGUCAUCAGCGAAGACCCAGACAAACAGUUAGACGAGGAGCGGGUGAUCCCAAAACAAGAAGAGCAGGAAGAUAUUGGAGACGAAGAAGACGAACAGGAACGCAGGAUAGCCCGCGCUCCAGAUCUCACCCCCACAUCUCAUAAGCUUUUCCUGGUUUCGUAUGCUAACAAUGGUCCACCUGUGAUUGACCCAUCACAAUUUACUUCUCCAGAGAUGCAACAGGACAGUCUAGAGAAGUCCCUAGCAACUCUGCGGGAGCUACAGGACGAUGGGAGGGAGUAUGUCGAGCGGCUUCAGGAGAUUAGGGAGGGCCUUGGAGAUACUCGUGCACAACGGAAUACCAUCUGGGAGAUGGUGCGGGAGAAGGCUGUGAAGGAAUUGCAAGAUGCAGCCUUCAGCGUUGCUAUGGACUAAUGUGAUCAAUGCAUCGACUCGGAUGAGCGGUCACAUUGCAUAUAUUACAUUUUACCAGGGACGUGCCUUAAGGAGCGUCAGUAAUAAUGACAUUCAUUUAUUACGCUGUAGCGUCAAGCUGCAGCUGGUCGCACGUAAGUACUAGUACUAUCAAAUGAGCAGUUCGGAGGGUGUGGUAAGACAUGGUGGAU